GUUUGAUAUUAAUGAAUGUAUGAAAAGUCAUAUAAGUUUUUACGUGUAUUCUUCAUUUCAAAGAUUCUGAAGAUUCUGUGUAUAAUACUCCAUUGUGAGAAAAUCUGAUAUAUUUAAAUGAAAAAUUAAUUUUGUAAAUAUAGUAAGAUUCAUAACCACCCAUAAAAAUCUUCUUAUGGUGUUUUCACUUUAACAGUUUCCAUGUACAAGUCAUUCAUUUCAGCAUUUAAAACAGAAUGUGUUAUUGGAUUGGCAACAUUGGAGUAAAACAGAAGGGUCUGUGAUUGCUUUGGUAGUUUGAAGAAAUUUUUUCAGAUGAAUGAACAACAACAAAACAACAGGACUUCAAUAAUGAACUUCGGCGAACAGCUUUGGGAUCAAGAUGGGAAACAAUUUCAAAUAAACAAUACAUGGGUACCCAUCACCCCUGAGAAACCCAUUCAAAUAAGAACUAAUACAAUAUCAGACUGGCCAGCGAACCAAAUGAGAACAAAUUAUCAAGAAUAUCCUCUAAAUGGAAAUGACUACAUGAAUAAGAUGCUGCUGCAUUACCAUGAACCAUAUCAGAAUCCCCGUCUGAUAGGGCAAACAGGCCAAAUUGGAGAGUACAAUAACUUUAGUGGCAAUUCAGUCAAUAGAAACAGUGUUGUCAAUCACAUUGCAGAAUCUUACACUCGGGCACAGCAUUACGAGAACAAAGGAUUGAACAAUCAUAGGUUGGAACUACUGCUCAAGAAGAACGCAACUGAUAUAGCUACUGCUAACAGGAAUUUGGAUACAAGCAUCAACAUGGCAGCGAGCAAUCCAUUGCUACCAAAAUUUUAUCCUAAGUCUAGUAGUGAUGUGAGUUAUUCCUGUGCAGCUUCAGACAAUGUGUACAGAGAAGCAAAUAGAUUUCUCAUUCCAAAUAGGAAUUCUGAAUUUAGAGGCAGUAAUACAGACAAUUUGCUCAACAAUGAUAUUCACUGCUCAGUCUCAAACCAAAUGAAGGGCAUCUUCUCUGAUGCAUCCUAUGGUGAUACUUACCCUGAGCAUUAUUUCAACUAUGUGCAAAAUGCAGAAGUUGAUGCUACCACUAGUUUCACCAACUCCCUCCAAUCAACACCAAAAACAAUGGAUCAGCUCGAGUUUGUUGAAAACCAGUUUGUGCGCUUACACGAGUUGUCGUGCGAUCUUGACAACAAUGCAAUAGCUGAAAGCACAAGUCAUGGGAAAGAUUUUGUUCCAUGCACAGAGAAUGAAAUCCAAGAAUAUUGUGAUGGGCUUCUACAGCAAAUUGUAGAUUCUUCAUCAGCAGUAAUCUCAACAUCGCAUGGGGAUCAAAAGAGUUCGGUCAGCAACAUCUGUGACAAGGUAAGUACCGAGAUUUUUGACCUGAACAAGACACCUGAGCAGAAAGUACCUAGGCGCAGAAAGCAUAGGCCAAAGGUAAUUAGAGAGGCCAAGCCCAAAAGAAAUACAAACCCAGCAAGUCAAAAGAUAGAGACUAAGGAUAAACCACGCAGAAAAAGGAAGGUUGUUGCAAAAACUGCAGCAACACCGGAGGCAGGUGUUAUAAAAGACACGUGUGAUUCAACGGCAGCAACUACAAAAUCCAGCAGGAGAGCUCUAAAUUUUGACUUAGAAAAUAGUACACAUGAAAGCCAGAGCAGCAUGGUUUUUCAGCAAGAGAUCUACCAUAUAAAUGAGAAAGCUUUUAAUACCACUUCUGACUACAAGGUCAAAGAGAUGCAUAGUGGAGCAAGUAUAAAGUAUGAUCCAAACUCACCUUUGAUGAUCAGUCAGCAGGAUGACCUUGCCGUAGGACACCGACAACCCAGUAACACAGAUGAUAUUCCACUUCUAUUGAAAGGAAAGGAAUCAAAUCCUUUCCUCUCGGAGAGGGAAUCAACCAUAACUUUGUCAGAAACUACAGAAAAGCAGAUAGCAAAAUUUUCGGUCAUUGAGAAAGGUCCAACACAAGGAAAAUCUAGUCUAUGGCAGGAAAGAAAUAGCGGAUGCAUGCAACAAUACAUUAGUGCAAAUGAAAUUGGCAACACUCUCUUUCAAUCAGAAACAUGUUUUGAAAACACUCAGGAGACAGGGGAACUGAUUUUUGAAAAUAUGUUUCAGUUGCUUAACAAUCAUUCCAACCCCAUUGAAGCAAAGGGUUCCAAGAGAAAAUAUUCUAACAGCACUAAGAACCAACUUCACUCAUCCAGAAAUCCACCUGGUGCUUCCUUGUGCCAAGAGAUUUUACAAGUGGAUGGAAACUUCACAAGUACAACUCUUGCCAAAGGUUUCUUAAAGAAAAAUAAAAGGAAAAGAACUCAAAAUAAACUCCACUCAAAAGUCCGCGGAGGAUCUUCCAGCCAAAUAAAGCCUAAAGAUGAUUCACGGAAAGUAAGAAAAGCAGAAAAAAAUGGGUUUCAAUCACAUAACGAGGAAACGACAAACUGCUGUAUUGAAAGCAGUAGAUUUGUAGAGAAGCAAACCAGGGGAAUUCGCACUGGUGAUUCCUUUGCUAUCUCAGGAGAGCGACACCAGAUAUAUCCCACCCUGAUGGACAGCAUAAUUUGCCAACUGAAUAGUCUCCACGUCAAUGGGAGCAACACGUCAGAGAUGGGAGAACAAAAGGCACUUGUCCCAUAUAAGGGAGAUGGUUCUAUUGUACCCUACCAGGAAUUUGAAUUUGAAAAGAAACGUAAACCAAGGCCUAAAGUGGACCUUGAUCCAGAAACAGAGAGAACCUGGAAACUGUUGAUGGGUAUCGAAGGAAGUGAAGACCUUGAAGGAGCUGACAAGAAAAAGGAGAAGUGGUGGGAAGAGGAAAGAAAUGUAUUUCGUGGACGAGCUGAUUCCUUCAUUGCACGGAUGCAUCUUGUUCAAGGAGAUAGACGUUUUUCAAAGUGGAAAGGAUCUGUUGUUGAUUCUGUGAUUGGUGUUUUUCUCACUCAGAAUGUCUCAGACCAUCUUUCAAGCUCUGCCUUUAUGUCUCUAGCAGCAAGGUUUCCUCUCAAGUCAAAAAGUAGUGAUGUUGUCACACACACAUUGGUUGAAGAGCCACAACAUUGCAUAGAAAAUCAAGCUGGCAUAAUAGGAUCAUAUGAAAGAGGAAAAUUAAAUCCACCAACCUACUAUAUUGACUUUGAGAUGCCGCGUCAUACAGAAGAUCUUUUGAAAGACAGUAAAACUUCAAGGAUAAAUGAGAGCCUAAUAAAGCCAAAUAAUCAUAGCUCAGAGGAAGAAUUCUUAUCAUCACAAGAUUCUCUUGAUUCCUCAGUUACUCAAGAUACCAGAAUUAGAUCCAAUUCAGAAUCAGAAUUACGUAACAGUGGGUGUGAACACAGCAAGGCUCAGUUCUUAACUUCAACAAAUUCUCAAGAGGUAGGAAUAACCACUAUCUUUCAGGAAUUUUACCAUAUUGUAAACGGGGUAUCACUAAUUGAAGAGAGAACCCAUGGAAAGCUACAGCAACAUGAUGUGAAACAAAGUUCAAGAGUAGGCAGAAAUGAUAUUCCCAGUUUCCAUUCAGCAUCUGGCCCUCCCUGCAGCUUUGGAAAUCCAAAAAAGCAACAGCCGCCAGGAGCCCCUUCAACAAACUAUGAGUCAUAUUACUCGUACAUACAAGGUCUGGAUACUUUUCAAAUUAAUGGUGAGGAGUUUUCUUGGCCUGACACUCUUUCUAUACACAAUGAAUUUCAAGACAACAGUUAUAUGAGAUUUGGCAUCAACGGAACUGGAGAGAGUGUGGAUAAACCCACUGAAAUGCAGGAUGGAAAUGGAACAUUGGGGUCUCCAGAGUUACCAACUAUGAAAUCUUACAGACCAUUAAGCAAGCACUCAGCUUUUAUAGGAGAUACUUCUCAAUCUAGAUCUCAUACAAACUAUAAUCAACCUUCACCUAACCAUCACCUUGUGAGUCAGAAAACCUUCCAAUCAGAGGGCAAGACAUAUGCAGAAUCAUCAAAUAAUUCUCACAUAUGUGGCGAAGAUCAUGCAGGGAACGAUCACAGCAAUAUAUUAACAUGUGCAGAAGAAGUUUUUGACAGUGAAAAAAUUAUAUCCACGGAAACCAGACAGGUAUGCUAUGAUAAUACUCAGGCUGAAAAGAAGGCAAAGAAGCAAGUUUCUCCAGGCCAAAAAGACAAAGAGGGAAAACUCAAGGUUCGAAAAGAAAGAAAAACGAAGCCUGAGGCCAACAAAAAGCAUGAAGAUGACUGGGACAAACUAAGGAAGGAGGUAGAAGAAAAUGGGACAAAGAUAGAAAGAAACGCAGAUGCUAUGGAUUCACUGGACUAUGAAGCAAUAAGAUGUGCCUCUGUUAAAGAGAUAUCUGAUGCUAUCAAAGAGCGGGGGAUGAACAACAUGCUAGCUGAACGAAUCAAGGAAUUCCUGAAUAGACUGGUUAGAGAACAUGGAAGCAUUGACCUUGAAUGGUUAAGACAUGCUCCCCCUGAUAAAGUAAAGGACUAUCUGCUAAGCAUGAGAGGAUUGGGGUUAAAAAGUGUGGAAUGUGUACGGCUUCUGACACUUCAUCAUCUUGCUUUCCCAGUUGACACCAAUGUUGGAAGGAUAGCCGUUAGACUUGGAUGGGUUCCUCUCCAACCACUUCCUGAAAAACUACAAAUACACCUCCUUGAAUUGUAUCCAGUGCUAGAGUCUAUUCAAAAGUAUCUUUGGCCAAGAUUGUGCAAACUUGAUCAAAGAACCUUGUAUGAGCUACACUACCAGAUGAUUACAUUUGGGAAGGUUUUCUGCACAAAGAAAAAACCAAAUUGCAAUGCAUGCCCAAUGCGAGCAGAGUGCAGACAUUUUGCCAGUGCUUUUGCAAGUGCACGGCUUGCCUUGCCAGGACCAGAAGAGAAGCAAAUUGUGAGCAUGCCUGUUCCCAUUGCAGAUGAGAGAAGCCCUCCAAAUUUAAACCCAGUGAUCCUACCUCUCCCUGGGAACAACACGAGCAUUGAAGUGUGUCCUCAAAGUAGGCCGUGCGAGCCAAUCAUUGAAGAACCAGCAACACCAGAACAGAGUACGGAGGCAUUAGAAAGUGACAUUGAGGACUUCUUUUGGGAGGAUCCUGAUGAAAUUCCUACUAUCAAUGUCAAUCUCGAAGUGUUUGCGAAGAGUUUACAGAACCACAUGCAAGAACAUGAAGGUGACCAGUCUAAGGCCCUUGUUGCCUGGAACCCACAGUCUGCUUCCAUCCCAACACCAAAACUGAAGAAUGUGAGCCGGCUAAGAACAGAACACCAAGUAUAUGAACUUCCAGAUUCACAUCCUCUGUUGGAAAAGAUGGAUAAGCGGGAACCUGAUGACCCAAGCCCGUAUCUUCUUGCAAUAUGGUCACCAGGUGAGACUGCAAAUUCCACUGAACCGCCGCAAAGUAAGUGUGGAUCGCAAGACUCAACCAGCCUGUGCAAUGACAACACAUGCUUUUCAUGCAAUAGCAUUAGAGAAGCUAAUUCACAAAUUGUGAGAGGAACAAUUCUGAUACCGUGUAGAACGGCAACAAGGGGAAGCUUUCCACUCAACGGAACUUACUUUCAAGUUAACGAGUUAUUUGCGGACCACGCAUCCAGCAUUAAGCCCAUAGAUAUCCCUAGGGCAUGGAUAUGGAAUUUGCCAAGGAGGACGGUAUACUUUGGAACCUCUGUAUCGUCAAUUUUCAAAGGUCUCUCAACCCAAGAAAUUCAGCAUUGCUUUUGGAGAGGAUUUGUUUGCGUUAGGGGAUUCGAUCAACAAAAACGUGCACCUCGCCCACUUUUUGCCAGAUUCCAUUUUAUAGAAAGUAAAUUUGCAAAGACAAAAAAGUGAAAACAAGAAUAACGGGACAUGCUGCUAGGAAAC